AUGAAUUUAGUACAUUUUGACUCCUUAUGUAAUGAUUGCUGCUUCUCAAGAACAUUAGAAGUAAUUAUAAUUUUUAAAUUUAAAGAGCAAAUAAUAGGCUGAAUAGAUAGUUUAUCAAUUUAUUGAGGAUAUAAGAAAUAUUGAUAUUUUAUGUUAGAUCAUACAAUAAACUUAGUCAGGGUCUACUUUAUUUGUGAUAUCAGAAUAUAUAGCUAAGAUUGUAGUUUCUGAAAGAUCUUUUAAAGGAUUCUAAUUAGAUGAUCAUAGUUCAUUAGAUGGAUAAUCAAUUUUGAGACAAUCUUUAAAUAAAGUAGAAAAUGAUGUGUUGGACAAAAAAUGUAUAGUAUAUGAAACUUUGGUUUCAUUAUUUUGUGUAAAUCUUUAAAAGCAAUAAGAAAAUCAUGUAUAAAAUUCAAUCUGUAAUUUGGUGGGUUUGUUGAUUCAGUAAAUAAUGAUGAUGAGUAGUAGUUAAUUCGAAAAGUAUAAGUUAGUUUUUAAUUUAUUUUUUUAAGGGAAUCAACCUUAUCUUGUUUCUAUAGGUUUUAAAUUAAUUUAGCAUGUUUUAUAAAAUUUAUAACUCUAUUCAUCAUAUGACUCUUAUGUUUCAUAUAGAAAAAUCAUUUUUUAAUUUUAAAAUAGUGAUAUUAUAGACUUUAUGUCAAUUGUAUGCACAGUUUUAAAAUAAUGCACUGUAAAUCUCUAUAAGCCAGCAUUAACUUCACUUAAAGAUAUUUUGAUGUUUAAUUUUAAUAUUAGUUACUUUGAAUUAGAAUAAGAUUUUGAUCCAAAUGAUCAAAACAAUGUUAGUGUAAAUAUAAUAUUUAAUAUUUGAUUAGUUUCCUGAUAAAUUUGCUGAGUAUUUUAAUGAUAGACAAUUGCUAGAUAUAUUAUUUAAGAUAGUAGCUUAAUACAAUUAAAUUGAUUCAUCAUUAGCUUUGUUAGCUUUGAAAUCAUUAAAGAGAAUGGCUUCAUCAAAGAAGAGAAUAUUUAAUGAGAAAAUAAAAAAAAGAUUAUUUGCAAAAGAAAUGUAUUAAGGUUGCAUUUUUCUUUUUGAGAAAGUACAAUAAGCUAAUGAGGAAAUAGUAAGUGAUAUUCUUGAGUUAAAUACAAAAUUAAAUAAUUGUUUUGGUUUGAGAUAGAUUAGAUUUGAUUUUACAUUUAGUUAAUAAUGGUUAUAUUGUUUAUAAACAUUUUGUAUUUAAAUUUUACAAAAAUAAAUGAAAAUUAAGGAUCUUCAUAUGUAUUAGAUGAUAGAACUAAUGAAGAAAUUAGUUAAAUGUAUAACAGAUUUCAAAUUGGAUAUUACAUUUAAAUAAUCAAUAUCCAAAGCUUUAUCUGAAAUAGGUAAAUCAAUUAUUCAUUUAUUAUUGAAUUCUCCAAAUUCUUUUUUUCAUGGUUAUACUCCUUAGAAUCAUAAAAAAUUAAAACAUACUUUAAAAGAAUUUUUUGAAAAUCUUUUUCCAAUUUUAUCUAUAGAUUUAACAAGUCAUUUAAAAAUGAUUUAUCAUUCAUUUAAAAAUGCAGCUUAAGAUUAAGAAAAAUUCAUUAUUGAAUUAAGUUUAAUAAAUUAUAUUGUAAUAAAUCCAUAAAUUUUAGAAAAAAAUAAUGAUGAAAUAGUUUAAAUGAUAUAAACAUUAAUAAAAGAUUCAUUAAACUUUUUGUAAGUUUCUAUUCAUAAUUUACCACCUUUAGUUAUUAUGUCUGCAAUGUCAUUAGCAGAUAAUUUAUUUUAAUUUUGUUUAAGUGAAUCAGAUGAAUCUAUUGGUAGACAAAGAUUCAAUAAAACUUUUUUUGAUAUAUUUAUUAAACCAAUUCAAAUCUAACCAUAAUAAGCUACUAAUUAACUUUUAUAAUUCAUAAUUUUAUAAUUAUAAAUAGAAAAUAAAGAAAUAAUAGAAUAUGCCUUAGUAAUUAUGAAAGAAACAAUUGUUAGACUUAAACAUCAUUUAUAUAAUGAAGCUUUUUAAAGUUCAAAUGUUGUUACUUAAAUUAAAGGGAUUUUAUUAAAUCUUAAAAAUACAGCAUUAUAAAAAGAUACAUUUUUAAGUUGUCGAACAUUAGCUUCUGAAAUUUUAUCCAUAUUAUUAUUUGACACAGCUUAUGACAAUUAUAUUGAAUCAAUAAUUUAAUUGAAUUAGUAUUUAACAAUACAACCAACACAAUAAUCAAUAUUAAUUUAUUUAUAUGAAAUGCUUGGUUAUUUUAGACAUGUUGAUACUAGUAAAAUAUUUAGAUUACUUAUUAAAUAACAUCUAAUAAAAAUAGCUGAUUUAACUAGAUUUAUUUUAAUAGAUAAUCCUCAACAAUUUUAAAUGUGUAAAUUGUGUUUAAAAUUAAUGGUAGCUAUAACUGAGAAUAAGAGUUUGAGAUAUUAAUAUCAUAGCUCUUCAAUUGUAUAAAUUGAAUUAGUUAGAACAUUUCAAAAUAUUUUGACAACAUAUCUUCAACAUUUAAUGAAUGCUAUUCAAAAUGAAAAAGUUAAAUAGGAAUAUUCUGCAGAAAUUUGUAGAUUAGUUGGAUUAAUAUUCAAAAUUAUGAAUAAUAUCAUGAAAGGUAGAUAUAUUUCAUAAUCUUGUUAAUUACUCUUUGCUGAUAGAAAAUAUUUAGAUUAACUUAUAACAGCAUUAGAAGUUACAUUAAAAAUUUCAAAUUAUAUCAUUAUGUAUAAUAAAGCUUGUCUAUAAAUAGUAUAGGUUUUAUAAGUUGUUAGUUCAUCAUAGUUACAAUUAUUUGAAUUGAAUCCACAAUCAUUGACUACAUUGAUGGUUAUUAUUGAAAGUUUAUAAAAACAUAUGUUAGGUUAAUUAUCACAAGAAUAUAAGAUGUAAACUAUAUCAACAUACCAUUAACCAAUAGAUAAAGUAACUUUAGAUCAUACAACAGAAAUUAUUUUAUCAGUAUUAGAAUUUGUAUCAGAAGAAUAGUAAUUGAGUUAGAUGGGAAUGCUAUAAUCAUUUGUUUAACCUUUAGAUAGUGUAGUAGAACUUGUUUUGAAAGAAUUAUUAUUAUGUUUAAUAAAUGGUUAAUGUUCAUAACAAACUAAUCAGAAAAUAACAAGAUAAGUUUUUGCUAUAAUGUGCACAUUUUAAUAAGUUUUUGUAACAAUUUUAAGUAAAAUUUUACUGAGAUCUGAUUAAUAACUAGAUCAUUCAUAACUUUAGAUUUUAACAUAAGAUUUAGAUCUCAGAAUUAAAUAAUAAAAUGAAGAAUAAUUUAAAAAAAACUUCAAUCUAUUUAUGAAAUAAUUUGGAAUUUGA